GGUAGGACGGUCAUUUGGCGUCGUCCUUCCUCCUCCUUGUCCCGCGCCUGUCGCCGACAUGCUGUGUCGCGGCCUGCUGUGGCUGGCCCUGACCGCCCUGGCCCUGACGGCCGCGGACGAGGAGGUGGCGGAGGAGGAGGACCACGUCCUGGUCCUCAAGAAGAGCAACUUCGAGGAGGCCCUGGGGGCCCACAAGUUCCUCCUGGUGGAGUUCUAUGCCCCUUGGUGCGGGCACUGCAAAGCCCUGGCGCCCGAAUACGCCAAGGCCGCCGGCAAGCUGAAGGCCGAAGGCUCCGAGAUCAGACUGGCCAAGGUGGACGCCACGGAGGAGUCGGAUUUGGCUCAGCAGUACGGCGUCCGAGGCUACCCCACCAUCAAAUUCUUCAAAAACGGGGACACGGCCUCCCCCAAGGAGUACACAGCCGGCAGGGAGGCGGACGACAUCGUGAACUGGCUGAAGAAGCGGACGGGUCCGGCCGCCACCACCCUGACGGACGUCGAGGCCGCCGAGGCCCUGGUGGAGUCCAGCGACGUGGCCGUCAUCGGCUUCUUCAAGGAUGUGGAAUCGGAGCCGGCCAAGCAAUUCCUGUCGGCGGCGGAGUCGAUCGACGACAUUCCCUUCGGCAUCUCGUCCAGCGGCGAGGUCUUCGCCAAGUACCAGCUGGACAAGGAUGGCGUGGUUCUCUUUAAGAAGUUCGACGAAGGCCGCAACAUCUUCGCCGGGGAGGUCACCAAGGAGAACCUGUCCAACUUCAUCAAGCAGAACCAGCUGCCCUUGGUCAUCGAGUUCACGGAGCAGACGGCCCCGAAGAUUUUCGGGGGCGAGAUCAAGACGCACAUCCUGCUCUUCCUGCCCAAGAGCGUGGCCGACUACGACGGCAAGCUGGACAACUUCAAGAAGGCGGCCGGCAGCUUCAAGGGCAAGAUCCUCUUCAUCUUCAUCGACAGCGACCACACGGACAACCAGCGCAUCCUGGAAUUCUUCGGCCUGAAGAAGGAGGAGUGUCCGGCCGUCCGCCUCAUCACCCUGGAGGAGGAGAUGACCAAGUACAAGCCCGAGUCGGACGAGCUGACGGCGGACAAGAUCAAGGAGUUCUGCGACCGCUUCCUGGAGGGCAAGGUCAAGCCCCACCUCAUGAGCCAGGACCUUCCCGCCGACUGGGAUAAACAGCCCGUCAAAGUCCUGGUGGGCAAAAACUUCGAAGAGGUCGCCUUCGACGAGAAGAAGAACGUCUUCGUGGAGUUCUAUGCCCCCUGGUGCGGGCACUGCAAGCAGUUGGCACCCAUCUGGGACAAGCUGGGCGAGGCCUUCAAAGACCACGAGAACGUGGUCAUCGCCAAGAUGGACUCGACGGCCAACGAGGUGGAGGCGGUCAAAGUGCACAGCUUCCCCACGCUCAAGUUCUUCCCCGCCAGCGCCGAGAAAACGGUCAUCGACUACAACGGGGAGAGGACGUUAGAAGGAUUCACCAAGUUCCUCGAGAGCGGCGGACAGGACGGGGCGGCCGACGACGACGACCUAGAAGAUCUCGAAGAAGCCGAAGAGCCGGACCUAGAGGAGGACGACGACCAGAAAAAUUUGAGAGACGAACUGUAAGCGGAGAGAGGUUUUUUUUGCUCCCCCAAAUAAGACACUACACCAUAAAGCUGUAUCCCCCCCCCCCCCCGGCCCCCGCAAAAGCCGCAAAGCGCACCUGCAAAACGCGUAAGAAUCGAAAACCGAAGGAGAGCUUUGGUGGAAAUCCAGGGAUUUUUUGGUUUUUUUUUUAAAGUAAUACUUCAUCCCCACGUAUCUGUAAAUUUGAAUGUCUCUGGCUGUAACUUUUUUUUUUCCUUUUUGGCGGGGGGGAAGGGGAAGGAUUUGGACUCCACUAGUAGCCCGGCCCGCCCUGGUGAGAGAGUCUUUAUUUUAUUUUUUUUUUCUACUGUGAUGUACCUUUUGUUCUCCGUUCGUACACGGGUUUGGGUCCUCAUUGCUUAAGCCGGGCGAGUCGCCAUUGGUCGCCAGUGUGUCCGUAUGCUUUUUUUUCGGGAAAAGCCUCCCCGGUAGGGUUGUCGGCAGCCCACCUUAAUCCGCUCCUCCCCGGAAGCCCCCGCUAAUCCCCCCCUGCCGUGAUAAACCAGGGAUUCUCCCCUCCUCACCAGUGUUAAUGGGGAUAAAUGGGGUCCCCCUUGGUUCUUGAUUUCAAGGACACUGUCGUCUUCUCCCCCUCCCGCCUCACCCCCAUCCCCACCGCACCCUGGAUAUGUGCCGUUGUUUGGGUAAGAGCCACGAGGAAGGCAGUCGCCGCCCACCCCGCUCCGAAACGGUGCCAUUUCAGUUUUUCUGGGCUUUUUUGGCUUUUUCUGGUGCGUCGCUCCGACCCACGAAGCGUUCUUCCGCCUCACGAGGCAGGGCCCCGGAGCCCGGGGCGGCAGACCAGGAUGCGAAUGAUUAUCGGGGGGUCCGGGAGAGGCGGGGGGGCGGCCGGGAAUAUCCGAGCAGGAAUCAAACUCUUCAAGUUCUCGAAGCGUUUCCACGCCACGUCGGGGGCGUGGAACACAUUGGCCAAAUAAAGAUGAGAUUUUACUA